AUGGCCAAAACAAAUGCACAAAGUAAGAAAGAGAAAUUACCUUCUCAGCAGACCAUGUUGCUUGAUAUCCCACCGCGAUUGCAGUGGGACAAUGGAAAUGGGUAUUGCGGUGAAACAGCUCUUCAGUCUAUCGGUCUUUUCUAUGGUGCUUGGCUUUCGCAAGGUCUGAUUCGUGACAUCAACAAAGGUGAAUUUCUUCUGCAGCAAUUAUCACCUGACGAUCGACGCGAUCCAAUUCGCACUAUUGCUCGUUUUCAUUUUACGUACAAUGAAUGGGACUGGAUGAAUUCUCCUCAGCCACAAUUUCGGUACUUCUGUCGUUGGAUGAAACGAUCUAUUUUGCAAAGACACCCCGUCAUGUUCGGUAUCUUUCUUCCGGAUAUGGACUCCGAAGAUUAUGAUCAUAUUGUUCCAGCUGUCGGUAUUCGAUACAAAAAUAGGAAUGAAUAUGACCCAGAUGAUACUAUAAUCUAUUACGAUCUCUAUGUUACCAGGAAAUUUGAAGGGUCUUUAAGUGAAGAUGAGAUGGGCUCAACGAGAAAAACGAUUUCUCGACAGAAGAACGCCUGCGACGGACGCAUACCAUUAGAAGUUACUUAUGGUAUUGCGAUUACGGGGAUUGUCGACGAAGAUCGAGUAACAGUUCCUGUUCGUCUAGCAGUGUCGAAAUGGGAUGAACCCAAUCUGGCGUUCAAUGAAGAUCCAAUAGAGAUGGAUGGUAUAGUUACAGUGUACAACUUGAACAUUGGAAAUACUUAUGUUCUUCUUCGUUAUUCGUCCUACAAGAACGUUCCAACGAAAGGAGAUGCCGAUGCUUUUAUAAAAUCUCUUCAUGAUUUUAAGCAUGAAUUUAUCGCUGAUAACACGAGCUAUAUUUACGAAGAUCCUGAGAAAAUACCAUCAAAGGGAUCUGUUUAUUAUCGGUGUGUUUUAAAACCGGAUGAAUGUAUGAGCACACGCUGA